CAUCGGGGUGACUAUGGCGCUUCUGUGUCCAGCGCAUAGCUAUGGCGCGGCGCAACGAGCCGGAGGCGUUCCAUCGCCAUCGCCGGAUCCAAUCCAUCCUUGGGCCCUAGGUCUGUGAUCACACCGUGAAUCGGACUUCCCGCAGCUCCAAAGGUUGCGAUUGAUCGUUUUGGUCGCCAUGUAGCGAGGAUUUCGCCAUGGGUGGAGCAGCAGAUUGGAAUCCACUAGGAGCGGAGCUUUUCGGCUGGGAUCAACCGAUCUAGGGAGCUACAGUAGGAUCAGCGCCACGAUUUUGGAGGAAACAAAGGGUUUGGGAUAUUUGGUCGCGAUGGACAGUUCUUCCUCCUCGGCUCCAUCCAGUCCAGCUAAUGCCAAUGCCGCCGCCGCGCAGCAGAUCGAUGAUCAAGGCGUCAAGCCCGAGCGGAUGUUGAAGGAAUCGGCGUCGGAUGUGUGCCGGGUGAAGCCGCCGGACGAUCAGCCCAAGCUCCACUUGACGUACUCGGCUCCAUCGCUCCUCAUGCUCGAGCAAGCUUUGCCGCUGCGAUCGGACGAAGCGUCCACUUCGACGCCGUCGUCGCGAGGAGACAAUUCCUCCGGAUCCGAUAGGGGAUUGGGACGGUCAGUGACCAUGCCCGCCACGAAUGGCGAGGAAACGCGCGAUCAUACCACCAAUGGAAGGUUGCUGCGAUCAGCCACGGAGAAAGCUAGCUUGCAAAGACACGAGGAAGAAAACAUACGAAGAAAGGUCGCGGAUAAGUUGUCCGACAGAAGAAAGAAAAAGAUGUUGCAACGCUUGGCUACUGUUAAGACGGAUGGAACUGUCGAGUUUGAUGUGGCUGGAAGUGCUCGCAUCAUGCCCGAGCUCAUUGCGCCCGAAUUAAGCGAUUCCCUUCGUAUUUACGACGAGGAGUGGGACGAGAGGAAGUUCAAAGUGCAGCCAUUGCAGAUUGUAAUGCUCAUCGUUGGUACACGAGGGGAUGUUCAACCAUUUAUUGCGAUCGGAAAGCAUCUACAGGAAUACGGCCACCGUGUACGCCUCGCUACACACGCCAACUUUCGGGAGUUUGUGUUGACUGCUGGGCUGGAGUUCUAUCCUUUAGGCGGGGAUCCGAAAAUUCUAGCUGGAUACAUGGUGAAAAACAAAGGGUUUCUUCCUUCCAAUCCAUCCGAGAUAACUAUUCAAAGAAAGCAGAUCAAAGCUAUCAUAAACUCGUUGCUUCCUGCCUGUAUUGAGGCUGAUGGACCAGUUCCUUUCAGAGCUCAGGCGAUGAUUGCAAAUCCUCCCGCGUAUGGUCAUGUUCAUGUGGCUGAGUACUUGAGAGUCCCACUUCACAUUUUCUUUACAAUGCCUUGGACGCCGACCAGUGAGUUUCCUCAUCCGUUGGCACGCAUCAAGAAUCCGGCUGGUUACCGGAUGUCUUACCAAGUUGUGGACUCCCUCAUAUGGUGGGGAAUUCGGAGCAUGAUAAACGACUUCCGGAAGAAGAAACUUAAGCUCCGUCCAAUUACCUACUUGAGCGGUUCAAUAGGAUCAAUAUCGGACUUACCUACGGGUUACAUAUGGAGUCCACAUCUGGUCCCCAAGCCCAGAGGUAUUGCGUAUCUUCUUUUUCCGUGUCACGUUGAUUUAAGUUUCCACUUGUUUGCAGACUGGGGCCAGCGUGUCGACGUGGUUGGCUUCUGUUUUCUAGAUCUUGCCAGAGAUUAUGAGCCCCAUGCGGAACUCUCCAAGUGGCUGCAAGCAGGAGCAAAGCCAAUUUACGUUGGUUUUGGAAGCCUUCCUGUUCAAGAUCCCAAGGGGAUGACGUCGAUCAUAGUAAAAGCUCUUGAAGAAACUGGCCAACGCGGCAUAAUCUCCAGGGGUUGGGGAGGCCUGGGUGACAUAAAAGAUCCACCAGAUUUUAUCUAUUUACUUGAUAACUGUCCUCACGACUGGCUUUUUCCACAAUGCGCUGGAGUGGUUCAUCAUGGAGGCGCGGGAACAACAGCUGCCGGUCUCAAAGCUGCGUGCCCGACGACUGUAGUUCCCAUUUUCGGGGAUCAGCCAUUCUGGGGAGAGCAAGUCCAUGCUAAAGGAGUUGGCCCAGCUCCAAUUCCAGUGAAUCAAUUCACGCUGGAGAAGCUCGUUGCUGCCAUUCGUUUCAUGCUGGAGCCGGAGGUGAAAGAGCGAGCGAUUCAACUGGCCAAGCAUAUGGACGGGGAGGACGGCGUGAAAGAAGCGGUGAACGCGUUCCACAGGCACUUGCCAAAGGAUAUGCCUGAUCAGGCUCCAGACAUCCCAUCGGAUUCGAGCUUCCUUUCCAGCCUCGUGGAGAAACUACGGCGAAUAUUUUGUUGCUAAAUUCAGUCUGUAAACAUGAGUUUUAUAAAAGAUCUAAUUAGGAAUACUUACACUUCUA